ACAUAAAUCAGCAACCAGUGUAAACAAAAGAUUUUAUUAUCGAAUUUUUCAAAAAGAUUCUAUUUACAAAUAAUAUCGUUCGUAUGUGCGUGCAUUCGUUUAAAUGAAAUAAAAGGCCUAGAUAAUAAAUAAAUGAAAGCUAGAAAUAAUUUUCAUCGUCUUGUGGAAUUUCUGUGCGCGAUUUGUGCGAUACAUUUUCAUUUCAAAUAGUAGAUAGAUACAUUUACAUAAACGUACAUAUCGACAUAUAAUACACACACACACACACACACACACACACACGCACGCACACAUAAGUUUAUAUGUGAAUCUGUUUAAUUGGGUCUGGUAACGGGGGCAAGGGAAGUGAUUACUUGUUUUCGACUGUAGUUUGCCUGUCUUGCCGUUGAUCGUUGCUUGCAAUCUGAAUUAAACAAGAGGAAUUUCCAAAAACAAAAUUGGUUCGCCUGGUCGUUUGUUUAUUGUUGGUUAUUUACAUCUUUUGCGACUGGUUAGUUAGUUCACUGGUCGGUUGAAAACUUUACAAAAAAGUCGACGGACCACUUUUGGCUUGAAACAAACAAACAAACCAACGACACUCACUAAGAAGAAGAAAAACAACAAUGACUAUUGCUACAGCCAUAACAAGACUUCUAAAGCCGAGCAAUUAAAUUAGUUUUGGAAGUGACAAGGGAAGCGCGAGCACACGGUAGAAGUGAAGGAGAGUUAACGAGUUAACAAGACAUAAACUGCACAAAACAUUUCCUUACUUACACACACACACACACACACACACACACACACACACACGCAUGCACGCACACUUGCUUACUCGUUAUAUUCGUAUUGGGCUAAAUAAAAAACUGUGGCAGACAAUAUUGAUUGGAGGAUACUUCUACUGUGUGCACUGUGCUUUAUCUCGCGGUAAGGCAGAGGAUAGUGCCAGAAAUUUGCAUAUAACAAGGAAACUGGUUUUCACGUUUUUCGCUUGUUUGUGUUUUUUUAUUUUGUAUUUCGGACAAUGAAAAGAGUAACAACAUAUAAACCCACCAUAAUUAGCAAUGACGUGCAAUGCUUACUAAAAAGUGUAUUCGAAAUUGUUCGGCUAACGAUUAAAUUGUGUUAAGCGUAAGCGUUGCUUUUCUUAUUGCAUUUAUAUUUGAAUUGCUCUCCAUUCGCGAUAAUACCUUUGACGAAAAUAAUGUUCACUUGGUAUGUUCUUUUUGAAAUGUUGCUCUUGAUUGUUCCUAUUUGCCGGACCGAUUUCGCCUUGAGACAAUGUGAACCCAUUCGUAUUGAAAUGUGCCGAAACAUUGGAUACAAUGAAACCUCGAUGCCCAAUUUAGUUGGGAAUGAAUUGCAGAGUGAAGUUGAGUACACGCUUCAAACGUUCUCGCCAUUAAUUGAGUAUGUGUGCAGUUCGCAAUUAAAAUUGUUUCUUUGCGCCACAUAUGUGCCCAUGUGUACACCUAAGGUAACGGAAGCAAUAGGUCCUUGUCGUUCACUUUGCGAAAGUGUACGUGCACGAUGCUAUCCAGUUUUGCAAGGUUUCGGAUUUCCAUGGCCUCCGGCGUUAGAUUGCAGUCUUUUCCCGAAAGAAAACAAUCAAGAAACCAUGUGCAUGGAAGGACCAGGGGAAAUUUUGGACGAACCCGCAAGUCUCGAUCUGUAUCCGGGCUUAACCAAUGCGAAACAACCCACCGAAGCACCCAGCCUCGAAUGUCCAGGUUUGUCGAAACUAUACGUAAAAUUGCAUCGUUCGGGCCGAUGCGCCCCGCUAUGCGAAGCCGAUAUACUGUUCAAUCAAAAUGAAAAACAUAUUGCCGAGGUAUGGACGCACACCUGGACGUAUGCAGCCCUGGGCAUAGCCAUACCAGCAAUUCUUUGUGUUAUAAUCGGUUCAGAUUCUAAAUCUAAACCGGAAAUGAAUAAAGACACGAAAGUGCUUAGUCCGGUUAUGUGGUGUCAUACAAUGGUAGCAAUUGGAUGGACGGUACGCUUCGUAGCUGGCCGUACUGCUACGUCCUGCGGCUUUGAUCCUCAGCUUCCCAAUGUCUCGUUGCUCCUAAUCGAUGGUCUUUCCAACGUCAUCUGUGCCACAACGUUCAUACUGCGCUACUACUUUGGAAUGGCUGCUUGUGCUUGGUGGGCCAUUUUAUGCAUGGGAUGGCAUCGCGAUGUGCGACGUCAAAGCCCAGACUCCCAAGGACAUAUAACCUUAGGGAGUAUUUAUUCGGCAAAGAGUGCCACCAAGUCGGGUCGCGCUUGCACAAAUUCUAAACUAGAAUCGAACAUAACCGGAAGUACUUUGGCCCGAUUUUUAGCUUGGGGCUUACCCGCAUUUCAAACUGCCGCUGUUAUCGUUGCUCGCAUGGUGGAUGCCGAUGAAUUGCUGGGGGCUUGUUUCGUAGGCAACCAGUCAGAUAAGGGCUUGCAGAUAUUAGUGGCCACCCCAUUGUUUUGCUACUGGAUUUUCGGUUCAAUGAAUUUGUCGUCUGGCUUUUUAGUUCAUCGACGUAACAAAGAUGUGUUGCAAAACGUCAACUGUCCAUCAUAUCAAACCGUGUUACAAAAGAAGGCUAGAAUACCGGGAGUAUUUCUUUUUAUCUACUGUAUUCCAUAUGCCCUGCUGUUACUAGCCGUCAUUUACGAGUUUGCGAACACUGACGUUUGGCUAAAUUUGUCGCCCUACGUCACGUCCUCGUCGUCUACGAAACUUAUUAGUAUGCAAACCGGAACACCAAUAUGGCCGUUUUUAAUGAAAACUUUCAUGGAACUAAUGCUUGGAAUAACAUGCUCUGCUUGGAUUUUAGGCCCCAAAAUAUCGACUUUAUACAAACGCCAAAUGAAUUUCCCACCUAUUAAGCAACAGAAUAAUAAUCCUGUAAGUAUGCUGCACUUAAUGAUGAACACCAGCAAUCACAACAGCCGAGCAGCGAAUAAAGCUUGCAGUAAUGCCUCAUAUCAAUCGGUACGACAAAUGCGACCGCAUUCAUCGUCUCCCAUAAAGCAACAGCACUCUACCGGCGCGAUAUUUAUGAAUCAUAUGACAAACUAUUCUUUAAGUCGCACGAUGGUGCAGACGACCGGCACACGUUUCACUUUGCCAAACAAGUGCAGAACGAAUAAUCAAUCGUCCCAACGGUACGGAGACGAAACAAUUUUGUAAAAAUCAAUUUUCGCAGCUAUUGUCGACUAACACAGCUAUGAUUGAUAAUACCUACCACCGGAAUAGGAGGAGAAGAUACAAUCUUAUUGUAUGCUCGUCAUUCUGUUUGUAAUAUUGUACUUUGCAAAAGCGCAAAAAAAUCUCACUCGCGGACUUUGAUUCUUUGGUUAAAAUUUCUCAUUGAAACGUUGAAACUUAACACCAAUUGGAGCAAUCGCACGUACUAAUUAAAAGGAAAACUCUACUUAAACUUGAGCGGGACCGCUAAGAAAGAAAGGGUACAAAUAAAAAUUUUACGUGAUUAUGCUUGCGCGUCGAACAAAAGGGAAAUUCUUCAAAUCUUUUGCUUAAUUUACCCGAUGUACGUGUGUGUGUGUGUGUGUGUGUGUGUGUGUGUGUGUGUGUGCGUGGUAGGUAGUCAAGAUUCGUCUCAAGGCGAAUACGGUUUCCUUCCUUGGUUUAUAUUAACUUUUAUAUUCAAGUAUAUAUAUAUGUAUUUAACAAUAAGACUGUGAUAUAUGUAUGCAUCAAUGUAUGUUGUAGUAUUUCUUCAAUUCCUAAAUAAUUCAUACAAAUAUUAUUGUAUGCGUUUUAUUAAAUAUCUCUUACAAGAAGCUUAGCAAAGUGUACUUAAUCUAUUAAUUUUAUUUUUUAUUUUUUUUUUUUUUUUUAUAUACACAUAUAUGUCAAAUGUAUUUAUAAAUGCAACAAAGUACCGCUUGAAUGUGCCAUUAGCUUGUAAGUGGAAAUUAUAUUUCUUCGUUUGUUUUUUGUUUUCAUUUUCGCUUUUAUUUUUAUUAUUAUUAUUAUUAUUUUUUUUCUACAUUUACUUAACACUCAGGAGUUCUUUUCCUACACACUCGCUUAUACAACUGUUGUAUAACUGAAGUAAACUGUUACGCUGCAUAUCUAACUAUAUAGCAUUUGUAUUAUCCGCUUCGUUUCAUCAAUUACAAAUGUUUCCCUUAUGUUAUUCCUCUGACAAAAAAAAAAAAAAAAACAA